AUGGGUGUUCCUUCAUUCUUUAGGUGGCUUUCACGUAAGUACCCCAAGAUUAUAUCGCCCGUUUUAGAGGACGCGCCGCAGAUUGUUGAUGGAGUUGCACUACCGAUUGACUAUGCCGCCACAAAUCCCAACGGCGAGUUGGAAAACCUGUAUUUAGACAUGAACGGUAUUGUACAUCCAUGUUCUCAUCCCGAAAAUAGGCCACCACCAGAGACGGAAGAUGAAAUGCUUCUGGCCGUUUUUGAAUACACCAAUCGAGUCCUGAACAUGGCCCGGCCUCGAAAGGUUUUGAUGAUCGCCGUGGAUGGAGUGGCUCCAAGAGCCAAAAUGAACCAGCAGCGAGCCCGUCGUUUCAGAAGUGCCCGGGACGCUCAAAUCCAAAAUGAAGAGCGUGAAAGACUCAUGCUGGAACGUGAAGAUCUCGGAGAGGUCAUCGACGAGAGCAUUAGAAAUAAAAAAACAUGGGAUACCAACGCUAUUACGCCCGGGACACCCUUCAUGGACAAACUGGCCGCCGCAUUGCGUUACUGGACUAGUUUCAAACUCGCAACAGACCCCGGUUGGAAAAACUUACAAGUCAUAAUUAGCGACGCGACGGUCCCGGGAGAGGGGGAGCAUAAAAUCAUGAACUUCAUCAGAUCCCAGCGUUCUGAUCCUCAGUAUAACCCAAACACAUCUCAUUGUAUCUACGGGCUAGACGCAGACUUAAUUUUUUUGGGUCUUGCAACUCAUGAGCCCCAUUUCAAAAUUCUAAGAGAAGACGUGUUCGCUCAAGAUAAUCGUCGCAGACAGCGAGUUCAAGACACAAUGAAUAUGUCUGAAGAGGACAAAGAAAGUCUUGCACGCCAAGAUUCCGAGAAGCCUUUUCUGUGGCUUCACAUCAGCGUCCUUAGAGAAUACCUUUCUGUCGAGCUAUUCGUGCCUCGUUUGUCAUUUGAGUUUGAUUUGGAAAGAGCGAUUGACGACUGGGUGUUUAUGUGUUUCUUUUGCGGAAACGAUUUUCUGCCCCACCUGCCGUCAUUGGACGUGAGAGAAAACAGUAUCGAUAUCUUGGUGGAGAUAUGGAAGAUCCUGCUACCUCGGCUAAAGACGUACAUGACUUGCGAUGGAACGCUGAAGCUGGAAUCUGUCGAGCAACUUUUGGAGCAACUGGGAAAUCGUGAACCAGAAAUGUUCAAAGGAAGAUACCUUCAGGAAAUACGGAAGCAGGAGGCCGUCAAAAGACGCAAACUUCUAAAGAGCAAUAACAAUGUCACACAGGGAAAGACAGACAGAAAUUUUACCAUACCACUAGAAAACAUGCCUGUUUAUGACGUUUCAGGCAAAGCGGCCGAUGGAUCGCUGAACUUAUCCAACAGAGAUUUUGUCAAUCAUAGGAAGGAGAUGAAUCUAGCGAAUGAAGGUGAUAAAAAAUCUUCAGCGGCACUUAAAGCCAUAAGUGAACAGAAUAGCGGAUCGGGAAAGCAGCACACGAAGGAAGAGAUCACGGCAGCUGUUGAGGUUGCGAAUGACGCCAAUAUAUCCGCUGCUGCUGCAAUGAGGUUGAAAUUGCAGGCGCGGAAGGAAACUAAUGAAUCUCAAAGCUUGGGUUUGAAAAGCGAAGGCGCAGAAAAUAAAGUUUCUCUUGAGAGCGGCGAGGGUUCCGUCAAGAGGGGCAUUGAAGACGUGGAAAGAGAUGCCUCAGAAACGCCCAGUGUUGCUGAAGAGGACUCACAGACGCCUUCAAAUAUUCAAGUAAUUCACACGGGACUCGUGAAAAGUGGUGUGAUUGACACGGAAGAAGAAGUUAGACUCUUCGAACCCGGAUACCAGGACAGAUACUACACAGCGAAGUUCCAUGUUGAAGAAAAAGAUAUCGACGCUCUACGGAAGGAAGUGGUAAGAAGUUACGUGGAAGGUGUUUCUUGGGUACUUCUCUACUACUAUCAGGGGUGUGCGUCAUGGAACUGGUAUUAUCCUUACCACUAUGCUCCAUUUGCAUCCGACUUUAAAAAUAUUGGUGAGUUGAAUAUCGAAUUUGAGAAGGGAGAGCCCUUUUUACCAUUUGAGCAAUUGAUGAGUGUGUUGCCAGCUGCAUCUGGUCACAACCUUCCACCAGUCUUCCGCACUCUCAUGAGCGAUCCAGAAUCAGAGAUCAUUGACUUUUAUCCAGUCGACUUUCCCGUAGACAUGAACGGGAAGAAAAUGUCCUGGCAGGGUAUCGCACUUUUGCCAUUUAUUGAUGAGAAGAGACUGUUGAAAUGCGUUCGCGAGCAAUAUAGUAGCUUGAGUGACCAUGAGAAGGUACGCAAUGUUCGGAAGCAAGAGGUGUUACUGAUCAGCAACAAGAACGUAAAUUACGAAAAGUUCAGUAAAAAGCUAUACGGCGCGACCCCAGUAGAGGUGGUCAACUUCCAGCAUUUCAAAAGUGGAUUAUCGGGACAAGCAUUUGCAGAUGUAGAAGGAUAUGCGAAGAACAGCAAACUGAUAAGCCCAGUGAUGGGCGGUGGACUUCCUGAUUUGAGCACCAAUUUGUUCAUGAAAGUAGGCUACAAGAUGCCCGAGCUGCCCAGUCCCAGUAAAUCGCUUCUUUUGAAUGGGUUCAUUCCACCGCAGGCUAUGUUGACGCCUCAGGACCGGGAUGCCAUCACGUACCGGUACAACCACAGAUGGAACGCGAUGGACAUGAAGCACAACAUUGUGCCUGUGGGUCCCUGCACCUCUACGCAAUAUCAACCGCGCAUGGGUGGCUACAAGUCGUUCUUGUUUUUCCAAGAGACGAAUGCUAACAUGCGCGGAGCGUUGCACCACGACCAUCGUCCCCAGCAGUCGAGAUACGGCGGUGCAAACGGCGGCGGACCACGUGCAUAUUCCAAUGGUCCUUCACACCAGAACAUGAACCGCAAUGCGCCUCCCGUCAAUCAGUCCCGCUUUUCGCGCUACUCUGGCUCCACCCAGCCUGAUCGGUACGGUGCUCGCAAAGAAUGGCGGAGAUGA